AUGACCAUGACUACUAUGCCAGAAAGUCUUAACAGCCCGGUGUCAGGGAAGGCGGUGUUCAUGGAGUUUGGGCCACCGAACCAGCAGAUGCCACCUUCCCCUAUGUCCCAUGGACACUACUCCAUGCACUGCCUGCACUCCCAGCACGACAGCUCGUACAGCGGAGCCUCGUCCUUCUCCAGACCAUUGGGUUACCCAUAUGUGAACUCGGUGAGCAGCCAUUCCUCUAACCCCUACAUCAGUACCGUGCAGCCCUACCCCAACAGCACCAGCCUCAGCCAGACCCGCUUAGAGGAGACAGGGGCAGAUACAGAGAAGAGCACGGUGGUGGAAGGUGGAGAGGUUCGCUUCAAUGGCAAAGGGAAAAAGAUCCGCAAACCCAGGACUAUCUACUCCAGUCUCCAGCUGCAGGCACUGAACAGGCGCUUCCAGCAGACCCAGUACCUGGCACUACCAGAGAGAGCAGAGCUGGCAGCUUCCCUGGGACUCACCCAGACACAGGUAAAAAUCUGGUUUCAAAACAAGAGAUCCAAAUUCAAGAAGCUGAUGAAGCAGGGAGGUUCAGCACUGGAGAGCAGCGGGUUAUCUAAUGGUCGGUCACUAUCUGCCGGGUCCCCUCCUGUCCCCCCAGUAUGGAACACCCCUACAUCUUCUGGGAAGAGCACCUCUGGGACCCCAGCUGCUUACAUACCCAGCUACACUUCUUGGUACCCAUCAGCACACCAAGAAGCCAUGCAGCAGCCCCAGCUCAUGUGAUGGUGACCGCAGCCAGACCUCCCUCGGUGGACCCCAGAAUAAAACUGCAUACAUGACAAGAUACUAUAAUACACAUAGAGGAGAAGCUCUGUGCCUUGACAAGCCUGAUGAUAAUGGUGACUUCAUGUGUGGAGCACAGAUAUGCACCAAUGUGAUGGGGGCUGGUACCCAACUGUUGACACCUGGCAGAGCUGCCUCUACUCAUCCUACCACCAGGCACUUGGCAGCCUGGAGAGAGGAAUACAUGAUAUACUCUGUGGACAUGUGGAAGCAGAGAUGCUUGUAAUGGGGGGAACAGUAACAAGGACCCUCUUGUCUGUCUUUGUCUUGGCUAAUCUGUGCUCAUCUACCCAUCUUGUGUCCUCCAGCAACCAGCACAUCCCCCUGUAGGAUCCUGUCUCCAGAGCCUAAGUUUCUGAUGGAUUGGUAAAAAAGAAAUGUAGUAUUUAUUUAAAAUAAAAUAAAAAUUUUAGUUGCUACUUUUGUAUACACCUGUAUACAUGUAGUCAUGAAGAGGUUGGCUCACUUUAUGUACAUUUUCUACAAUUCUCAGUGUGUAGGUGACACUG